CUAAAUAGGUUUAACCGGAACGUGAAUAAAGCAGAAGAACAACCCGGACACACUUUGGGGACGGACCAGAAACAAACGCAGGGCAGACGCUGGAGGGAGAUUUGAGAGGCGCAUGGACAUCCCGUCGGCCCCAGAACAUUGCUGAAGUCUUAAGCGGUCGAUUUGUUUGUCGUUUCAUCGUCACAUUUUACGUUUUGCCAUCAUGGAAGCAGAUGGUGACAUCAAAACGACGCCGAAAGGUUUUCACUGCACUCUGUGCAAUGUCAACUUACCGAACGAGCCAAGCUUGGAUCAGCACGUCAAAGGGCGGAAACACAAGACGCUGAGCACUGUGCGAGCCACCAGGAAGGCCCAGGAGGAGCACAGUGUGUUUGUCAGCGGCAUCAAGCCUGAGAUCUCUGAGACUGACGUAGUUGAGUACUUCCAGCAGUUUGGAGAAGUCUCAGAUGUUAUCAUGGAUAAAGACAAGGGUGUGUACGCCAUCGUGCAGUUCAGUGAGACUGACAGCGUGCAGGCAACGUUGUCCCGCGUCGAGCAUCUGAUGAAAGGCCUGAAGCUGCGCGUCAAAUCCCGGGAAAAGAAAGAGUUCAAGUUGAUUCCCAAGAAGAAGAAUGACUUCCAGAACCUCCAGCAAGCUCUGGACCGGCUCAAACCUCAGCUGUGUCAGCUGGCGUCCGUGGAUGCACAGAUGCACUUCAUUUUAGAGCGAUUCCAGCUGGGUGAAAACGAGAAGAAGGCCAGAGGUUUGCUGGUUCAACUCCUGCAGGAGGUUUUUGUGGAGUUUUUCCCAGAAAGCCAGAUUCUGCAGUUCGGUUCAUCUGUCAACACUUUCGGCAUCCACUCCUGUGACUUGGACCUGUUCCUGGACCUGGAAAACACUAAGGUGUUCCAGGCCCGUGCCAAGUCCACCACAGAACAGGCAGGCGAGGGCAUGUCAGACGACGGCCGCUCUGAGGACUCCAUCCUGUCUGACAUUGACAUCUCCACCGCCUCUCCAGCAGAGGUGCUAGAACUUGUGGCGGCAAUCCUUCGACGCUGCGUCCCCAGCGUGCACAAAGUCCACGUGGUCAGCAGCGCUCGACUCCCGGUAGUCAAGUUCCAUCACCGCGAGCUUAACCUGCAGGGGGACAUCACCCUUAACAACAGACUAGCAGUGAGGAACACCCGUUUCCUCCAGCUGUGCUCAGGGAUGGAGGAGAGGCUGAGGCCUCUGGUGUACACCAUCCGCUACUGGGCCAGGCAGAAGCAGCUGGCUGGUAAUCCCAGCGGUGCCGGUCCCCUGCUCAACAACUACGCGCUGACGCUGCUGAUCAUCUUCUUCCUGCAGAACUGUGAACCUCCCGUCCUCCCCACAGUGGACCAGCUCAAACACAUGGCCUGUGAGGAAGAAGAGUGUGUGAUUGAGGGCUGGAACUGCACCUUCCCUAGUCAGCCUAUUGCUGUGCCCCCGAGCAAGAAUAAACAGGACCUCUGCACCCUCCUCGCUGGCUUCUUCUCCUUCUAUGCUAACUUUGAUUUUGCCAGUAGUGUCAUAUCUGUCAGGGAGGGCCGUGCACUCCCAAUCACUGACUUCCUCGUCCACAAUGAAGAGGAGCAGGCCAUGGAAGAGGAAGAACCGACCAAGAGCCCUCACCAAGGUCCCAAACUGGGCCCCCUAAAUCUCCUAGACCCAUUUGAGCUGUCCCACAAUGUUGCUGGCAACCUGAACGAACGCUCCCACCGCAGCUUCCAGAGGGAGUGCCAGGAUGCAGAGAAAUACUGCCGCAGCCUGCAGUACCAGCGCAAAUCCACCAAGGGGAAGUCCUGGGGUCUGGUGCGCCUCUUCACCCCCCACGGGGAGGCCGCCCAAACCAAAACAGAGCAGCUGUCCAUCAGUAUCCCCUUUAAAUCAGCGUCGCUCCCUGAAGGGCUGCGUAAUCAGCUGCACAUGGCGGGAGAUGGUUUCCGGUGGCUGUGGUUUCAGAAGGUUUGCUCUGCUGUGGAGGGAGUCUUCCAAAAUGUUCUGAGGUGUCACCUCACUCCCUCCACAGAUGCCGUCUUUGGCGAGGUUUCAGCCGAAGGAAUGGCGACUGCCUCAGCUUCCCUAAACACAUCAUUGAAUGACAGCUAUGACAGUGUUGAAUCCCAAAUCGAAGCCAGCCCUCAGGGUACAGCUGUGCUCGGUGCCAAGCGGCCGCUAUCCUCUGGCAGUGACGCUUCUGUGUCGCCUCAAGGCAAAAAGCCAAGGCUGGCGAAAAGGGGGAAGCCUGAGCUCCCUCACUGGAUCUGCGCGCUCAAGCACGUAGUGUGGGCCGGCAGGAGGAAGGUGAGAAGAGAGCUGAGCAAAGAUGCAGACACGAGGCCAGAGGGCAGCUGUGUUGAUCUGGAGUCCCAGGUCACAGCUCACAUCAUUGAAAAAGAGCCAGAGCUCAAGGAGCCCCUGGAGGUCAAGGUCCAGGCCCAGAUGGUGGGUGGGACAGAAAGCACAAAGGCAGUACUCCUGUUUGAGCCGACCAGUGACCAGGCAGGAGUUUUUCAAGACUUCUUUCAUUUCCUGGAAGCCUUCUUGCCAAAGAUGGUGGAGACAUUGCUGGAGAAAGACGUGGGUAGUGCAUGAAACGGGGACUUUUUUUCUUCCCCAGAUUUCUCGGUUAAAUCUAAUAAUUUUGUGUUUUGUUUGUUUUGAAUCAAAGAUGCGACUGCUGCUGCUUGUAUUAACCCUUGAGAGUGAGACAUGAGAGUCAGACUGUGGCUUUAUACUGACCAGGCAUCUAUUAUAAUAUUUGUAAAUAUGGGCUUUGUCCUAAAGUCGAGUUUGUAGCGUUUUCAUGUAUACUGUAUAUUUGUAUGAGUUUGUUUCAGAGUAAGACUUCCUGAUUGAGCCUCCUUUUUAUGUUUUGAAACAUGGCUUGAUUUUAGUACAUUUCUGUUUAAAAAAAAA